AUGUCUCCCACACUCUACCUGUUGUCACCUGGCUCACAGAAGGGAGGAGGAAACUACUGCACCAUCAGCAGAAUCAGUGAGCAUCUUAGAAAUGAAGGAUAUCGGUGUCAUCAGGAUGAUCCCAAAGAACUUUUUGCCAGACCAGACUUAAGUUCCAUAGCAAAGGAAGAAGAUGGUGUCAUGAUUGGCAUCCACGCUCUUCGCACUGGGGCUUUUAUGAAAGACAGCUACCUGCCUUAUAUCCUAAUUCUUGGUGGAACAGACAUCAAUGUCUUCUGUGAAGACCCAGUCUCCAUGGGUCUAAUGACCCAGGCAGUCUACAGAGCCAGAUUUGUGGUUUGCUUCAGCAAAGUAGAUCAAAAGCGAGCUAUGUGGCUUUGGCCUGCAAUUCAGCCACAUAAAAUGAAAGUCAUUCCACAAGCUGUUAAGACUGACCCUUCAAGUUUCUGCCUGCAGACGUAUCUGGACAACCAUCACCCUGGUCUCAUGUCUGGCUACAGUGCAGGCUUCAAGCCUAUCAUCUUUGCUUUCAUAGGGGGCAUCAGGCCGGUGAAGAAUCCACUGUUUCUUGUGCCAGCAUUUCAAGACUGGCAUGCCAGGAAUAACAGAAUUAUUUAUCUCAUAGUGGGACCAAAAUUAGAUGCCACAUUCACAGCCACCGUGUUUGAACCAGCCAUCAAGAAACGACCAGGCAUUGUCUACAUCCCAGGUCUGCCCGUUGAGGAUGCCCAUGCUGUUAUAUCCCAGUCCUUUGCCCUUGUGAACACUUCUGACAGUGAAGGCAUGUGUUUGGCUAUACUAGAGGCCAUGCAUCUGGGAAUUCCCGUACUUGCCAGAGACUGUCCAGCAAACAAAGCCAUUAUCAGCGAUAGCCACACUGGCCAUUUGUUUGAUUCACCAGAGACUUUUCUGGAGAAAGCAGAAGAGCUGCUCGGCAACAACAAAGUGCUUACUGACUUGACCAGAAAUGCCAGGGACUAUGUGCAUGCUUACCACAAUCUUCAGCUAGAACGACAGGCUUAUGCCAGCCUCCUGAGACAGUGUCUUCAAGACAUUGAGACAGGCUGCCAUUCGGCAGAUUCUAUUGGCAACAUAUAUUUGGAGACAGAUUUGUGA